GUUUUCGUUGCGCGCGGUUGUCGCGUCGUUCAACAACUGCUGCCACUGUUGUCUUAAGAAAUAAACUACUAACAAAAUCAAGAAAUAAUUAACAUAAAAUAAUUAUUUGAAAGCAGUAGUUUGAAAGUAAUAUAUCGGCGCAAGUGUAUAGCACACAGCGAGCAAAGUGUUUUUGGUUUUUUUUUUUUACGGUUCUGGUGUCUGGUGUAAAGUUUGCGGUGCUCCUUGGAUUUUUGUUGUUGGUUUUUUGAGUUGUUUGUUUUUUGUUUGCUUGGAAGAUGCGCGGGCGCAACUAAAAAAGCGUCAACAUAUUAAAACCGCGGCGUUAACCGUAAUCCAGCCAACAAGAAGCCAACAACAACAAGAAAAACAGCACUUAAUUAAAAAAGAAAAUAAUAAAAAAAAAAACGUCGUUAACUUUCGUUGCAACGCGUCUUCGUUUGCUUUUGGCCCUUGAACUUGGCAGACCGUUGGAUAGCAGCCGCUUGGCGGCGGCGGCGACGGCAGCCGCAUGGAUCAUGCCGUCAAGGCGACGCGCGGCCGCCCGCUCAACACGCUGCGCUUCGAGAACGACGAGCUGGAAUGCCUCUACCAGCGUUACACCCUCAAGCUGCAGCGCUUCUCGGUGCUGGGCGUCGUUGCGCUCGUGGUGGUGCUCUGUGGUGUGAUGGCCGCCCUAUCCCUGGCCUUCAACAAUGCGGCCACUUUUCAUAAUAUCUUCAACUCGAUUUUGUGUGUGAUAUUCGCCGUUGUGCUGGUGCUGCUGCAGUGCUCGGUGAUCAAGGAUCACCAUUUGCCGACGCUGUGCUAUGGAAUUCUGCUGUUUACGGCCAGCAUUUGCAUAGUGUCCAUGCCGACGCUGGGCAGCGUAUUUCCGGUUGAUACCAAGGAGGUGAUGGCCGAGGGUGUCUGGCAGAUAGUGUUUGUGGUCUUUCUUGCGUACGCUAUGAUGCCGCUGCAGAUUUGGGAGGCGGUCGCCUUUGGCAUUGCAUUGCCCUCGGUGCACAUUAGCAUUACGGUCUAUAAGAUCUUUACAGCUGCGUUGCGGUAUCUGGAAUACAAUCAGCUGAUAGCCAACAUUGUCAUCUUUAUUGGAGUGAAUGUUGCCGGCCUGGUGGUCAACAUUAUGAUGGAACGUGCACAGCGUCGGGCAUUUUUGGACACACGCAACUGCAUUGCCGCACGUCUCGAGAUACAGGAUGAGAACGAGAAGUUGGAGAGAUUGCUGCUCUCGGUGCUGCCGCAGCACGUGGCCAUGCAGAUGAAGAACGAUAUACUGUCGCCAGUGGCCGGACAAUUCCAUCGCAUCUACAUACAAAAGCACGAGAACGUGAGCAUCCUGUUUGCGGACAUAGUCGGCUUCACUGUGCUCUCCUCCCAGUGCAGCGCCCAGGAGCUGGUGCGCCUGCUCAACGAGCUCUUCGGCCGCUUCGAUCAGCUGGCGCAUGACAACCACUGCUUGCGCAUCAAGAUAUUGGGCGAUUGCUAUUACUGCGUCUCUGGCCUGCCAGAGCCGCGCAAGGAUCACGCCAAAUGCGCCGUGGAAAUGGGACUCGAUAUGAUCGAUGCCAUUGCUACCGUUGUGGAGGCCACCGAUGUCAUCCUGAACAUGCGCGUGGGCAUACAUACGGGCCGUGUGCUCUGCGGCGUUCUGGGCCUGCGCAAGUGGCAGUUCGAUGUGUGGUCCAAUGAUGUGACGCUUGCCAACCACAUGGAGUCGGGCGGCGAGCCGGGGCGAGUGCAUGUGACGCGCGCCACCCUUGAUUCGCUCUCGGGCGAGUACGAGGUGGAGGCGGGUCACGGCGAUGAGCGCUCCUCGUAUCUGCGGGAUCAUGGUGUCGACACGUUCUUCAUUGUGCCGCCGCCGCAUCGACGUAAGCCUCUAAUGCUAAACACGCUUGGUGUACGCUCGGCGAUCGGUAGUCGGCGCAAGUUGUCAUUUAGAAACGUUUCGAAUGUGGUCAUGCAGCUGCUGCACACCAUCAAGUUCUCGGAACCGGUGCCGUUCUCCAACAUUGCCACCGGCUCAUUUCCAUCGGCGGCUGCCGCCUUGGGCGGCGGUGCGGCACGUGGCAGCAGCGCCGACGCGGCAACCACGGCCAGCGUUCAGGUGUCGGAAAAGGGUUCGCGCAAGGAUGCGGUAAUACGUCUACAAAAAAUCUUGCAUGCUACCCCGCCACCGCACGGCAUCGGCUAUGGCAGCGUCGUCGGCAGCGGCGUCGGCAGCGGCGGUGGCGGUGGGGGGGGCAGUGUUCAAGUGACCGUAGGCACAAGUCCCAAUUCAACAGCGAGUACGAUUAGUCGCAUACAUAGGCACAAUCACAAGAAUAAUAAAUCACAGUCUAAGGUCGCGGACAAGUUCAAGCGACCGUUCCGCAAGCGUCAUUCUGUGGCUGCUCAUCAUCAGCCGACAAAUCGGGUGAAUCGCUUCCUCUCCCAGGCCAUAAAUGCGCGUUCCGUUGAUUGUGACAAAUCGGAGCAUGUGGACCGAUUGACGCUGCGCUUUCGGCAGAGCGACAAGGAGCGGGAAUACCAUAAGGACUUUGAUUUGGGCUUCACCACGGCCAUGGGCUGUUCCCUGCUGUUGCUAAUACUUGGCGCCGCACUGCAGGUGACCGCAUUGCCGCGCACUUUUAUCCUGUUGCUGUUGUUCCUCACGGCCUUCAUUUGGGUCAGUGCCAUACUGAUGCUCCUGCUGGCCGUUCGCCUCAAGUGGAUCAUCUGGGAUAUAUCCGAGAGCUUCUCGCUGCGCAUGGCCAUCACCAUAUUCACCAUUAUACUCAUCUAUUCCGUGGGCCAGGUGAAUGUGUUUACCUGCGUUACGGAUCAUCCCUGCUCGGGUAACGUAUCUAUUUUGGACUAUCAAAGCCUGGACUCUCAUGGGUUCGACAUGUCGCCGGCGCCCAGCAAACCGAUUGAUGCUCAUCGCAAGUGCUCCUUGCCCCAAUAUGUAUCCCUCUCGGCAGCCUUUGCCUUUCUGUCCGUCUCCGUGUUUCUCAGAUUGCCGAUUAUAUUCAAAUCGCUGCUCGUCCUGGGCAUGGGGACCAUCUAUGGCCUGUUCAUUGAGCUGUCGCAUCAGAAUAUCUUUGAGUGCUACGACACGCGCGUCAAAGCAUCCAUUCCGCUUCAUUUGAUCUCAUUGGCGCGCAUUGUCAUCUUUAUGAUUGCGAUAUUGGUGCACGGGCGUUUGGUGGAGGGCACUGCCCGUCUGGACUUUCUCUGGCAGCUGCAGGCCUCCCAGGAGAAGAAGGAAAUGGAUGUACUGCAGGAGUCGAACAAGCGCAUUUUGCACAAUUUGCUGCCCGCUCAUGUGGCUGCACAUUUCCUCGAUGCGCAAUUUCGUAACAAUAUGGAGCUCUAUCAUCAGAGUUACGCCAAGGUGGGCGUCAUAUUUGCCAGCGUGCCAAACUUUAAUGAGUUCUAUACCGAAAUGGAUGGGUCCGAUCAGGGUCUGGAGUGCCUGCGCCUGCUCAACGAGAUCAUUGCCGAUUUCGAUGAGCUGCUCAAGGAGGAUCGCUUUCGGGGCAUUGACAAGAUCAAGACCGUCGGCAGUACCUAUAUGGCCGUGGUUGGCCUCAUACCCGAAUACAAGAUUCAACCCAACGAUCCCAACUCGGUGCGUCGUCACAUGACAGCGCUUGUUGAAUAUGUCAAGGCCAUGCGGCUCUCCCUUCAGGAGAUUAACAGUCACUCCUACAAUAACUUUAUGCUUCGCGUGGGCAUUAAUAUUGGACCUGUUGUGGCGGGCGUGAUCGGUGCGAGGAAGCCACAGUAUGAUAUCUGGGGUAAUACGGUGAAUGUGGCCAGUCGCAUGGAUUCCACCGGCGUGCCCGGCUACUCACAGGUCACCCAGGAGGUAGUGGACAGUUUAAUUGGCUCGCACUUUGAGUUCCGCUGCCGUGGCACCAUCAAGGUGAAGGGGAAAGGCGACAUGGUCACCUAUUUCCUUUGCGAUAGCAGCAGCAAUGCGCUCAAUGGCGAGGUGCGCAACGCCAUGAUCAGCAGCCGGCCGGCGGCGUCUGCGAAUGAAACGCAGGGGCAUCAGUCCCUCACACAUGGUGCUGCUGGUGGUGGCGGUGGCGCUGGCGGUGGCAUGCAUCCGGCCGAGUACUACCAGAAGACGUCACAAUUCCAAGAGAAUCGUCUCAAUACGGAUACGUACAGCAAAAAAGAUAAUGGCCAUCUGUACAAUGUGUGUGGUGAGGAGCAACAGCUGCUGCUGCAGCAUCAGCAUCCACAGCCGCUGCCGCUGCCUGCACCACCCGCCCAACACCACCAUUUGCAUCAGCAGCAACAGCAGCGGCUCAACAGCAAGCUUCAGAAGCAGCCCAAUUUUAUGACCAAUGGUGGAUUGCCCAAUAUACGCGAGAAUGGACACAAUGGCGAGCUGCACUAUUCGGCCACAAAUAUGAUGCCGACUGCAGCAACAGUUACGGCUGCAGUGCAACAACAGCAGCAACAACAACAACAGCAACAACAACAGCAGCAACAGCAGCUCCAACUCCAGCACCAGCUCCAGAUCCAGCACCAGCACCAGGUCCAGCACCAGUCCAUUCCUUCGGUAAUGUUGCGCGAAUUCAAUAUAAUUGAGAAUCCGAAUACCGGUGGCAGGCAUCAGCAGCUGCAGCAGCAUCAACAGCAGCAACAGCAGCUGGAACAGUUGCCGUCGGCGCAGCGGCCAUAUCCACAUGCCAAUAGCCUCGAUGGAGGUGGCGUUGGGGGUGUGGUCGGUGUGCUGGGCGGUGAUUGUUUCAUGGUGCCGCGGCGCGAACAGCUGCGCAGCUAUGCGCCGCCGCCGGCGCUGCCCUUUAACCAGCAUGGCCAGCAUCACCCACUGCAUCAUCUGUAUCACCAGCAUCAGCAUUUGAAUCAGCAUCAGCCAUCGUCCUCCAGCCUAAGCUAUGGCCACUGCCGUGAGAGCGAGCCGCUAUUGCAUGCCAGCAGCGUCGCACCGGUAGCCAAGAUCAUGCCCAUGCAGCAUGCGCCAAAGUACGAGCCACCACGUUACACCUGUCCCAACUCCAUGUUGUCACUGCAGCAGCAACAUCAACAACAUCAACCGCAGCAACAGCAGCAGCAGCAACUGCCGGAGCGUCAGUAUGCGCUCUACUCACAGCAGCCGCCGCUGCCGCAGCUGCCACCGAAGCCGGCACUGAGAAGCUACCUGAAGCCGCUGCCCAAGCUGCCAACGGAUGUUGAGGAGAAUCGCGAAAUGUCAUCGACGGAUGAUUUGAGCUCUAGGCCGCAUUCGCCCUCGAUGAGCAGCUCCGAUGAGAGCUAUUCGAAGACCACCGAGGGCGAGGGUGACGGCGACGAGGACUCGCCUCGCAUCAAUGGCGGCCAUCUGCAGCGCAACGGACACGGCAACGGGCUCGGCGUUGGGAUUGGCAUUGGCUACAAUGUUGGUCGAGUGAAUCCGCUGCAAUGGCUCUACCCCUGCGAUAUACAAGUGGAUCCCACAUCGCCGAUUGUGGACAUGGCGCAGCUGCGCGACUUUGAGCUCAGCUCGACGACCGAGAGCCAGGGCCAGCAGACGACCAGCAACACGACCAGCAACACGCAGCACAAAGGCGACAGCUGCAAUAGUUUUGACUACCAGCAGAAGCCGGCAGCAGGAGUGGCGGUAUCGGGGACAACAGCGGGAGCAGCAGCUGCCACCAAGUCGCCCUUUGAGAGGGAACUGCAAAGAUUGCUCAACGAAUCCUCGCGGGCACGCUGCCAGGCCACCGCAACGGCGGUGGCAAACGAUUCCGAGCAAACGACCAGCAAUGGCAGCGCUCGCCACAACGUCGAUCUGAGCUAUUCGGCCAGCAACAGCAAGCUGAGCUCCAUCAAUGGGCACGUGCAGGGUCUCGAGGGGCUCGAGGGCGGCUCCAGCAGCAAUGGCAAUCUCAGUGGUGGCAGCAACUCGAAUAGCGGCAACAACAACUAUCAUAAGGAUCAACAGCAGCAGGAUCAUGAUCUGCUCGCCAUGGCCAUUCAGGUAAACGGCAAGCUUCCCAUGAGCAACAGCUUCAUGAUAUCCAAGCAUCCCGUCGGCCUCGAGGCCAUCAAGGAAAUAACGCGCCACAAGAACCCCUCCGAGUCCAGUCAAAUGCAAACCUCGGACACGGAAUCGUGCGAGAUUCUGCACGAGAAUCGCAGCCAGAUGCAUGCGUUGGCCAUGCUGGAGCUGCAUGCGGCCAAGGAGCAGCAGCAGCAACAGCAACAGCAGCAGCAGCAGCAGAGAUCGCAUCGGCAGCGUCCGCGCUCCAAGGAGCUGCAGCACAGCUACGAGAGCCUCGACAGGCUGGAUGGUUCGAUGCCGCAGCAGCAGUCGCAGCGGCAAAGACAUCAUCAUCACCAUCAUCACCACCAUCAGCAGCGGCAACUGCAGCAACAGCGCUACAACCAUGUGGAGCAGGAGGAACGCGAUGAUACCGAAGACAACCUGGCCGAUGAGGAGUUCGAGGAUGAUGAGGUGGGGCGCGACGUGCGACAGAAGCGCCUGCUGCAGAGUGACCACAACAAGCAAAAGAAUGAAAAGCUGCAGCAGGCGCAGAACGAGGAGCUGGAGCAGCAGCAGCAACAAACGGAGCAGGAGCACGAGCAACUAAGGGGGGAGACGGCGCCGCUGACCAAUGGCAGCUUGCGCAUGGAAGCGAAUGUGAUAAACGAUGAACUGAAGUAUGGUGCGGCCCAUCACAACCACCAGUCCAUGGACUCCAAUCCGUUGGAGAGCCAAUCGGAGUGGUCGGACGAUGAUUGCCGCGAGGAGGCCACAGGCGGCGCAGAGUCAACAGGCUAUAUAACCGAUGAGCCUGGCCUGGAGAAUAUCUCGCUGUUAAACGAGGCUGGUCUGACCGAUGCUGAGGGCGCCUUGUCGGACGUCAACUCGCUGUAUAAUGCGCCCGAUGUGGAUGACACCUCGGUGUCGAGUCGGGCCAGCUCGCGCCUGCUCAGCCUGGACUCGCUAAGCGGGCUGUAUGAUUGUGAUUUGGACUCAAAGCAUGAGCUGGCCAUUGUGAAUGCCUCGCACAAGAUAACCAGCAAGUUUGGACCACCGCCGUCGCCGGCACAGCAACAGCAGCAGCCAUCGGCAGCAGCAGCAGCAGCAGCAGUUGCAGCAGUAGCAGUUGCUGGAGCAGUAACUCAGGCACCAGCAGCACAGUUGCCGGAGCAGCAGCAACAACAAAGUUAAAGAGAUUUGUACUUAAGGAUGAAAAAUAUGAAGUUAUUGAGCACGCAAAGCAAACCAGAAAAACAGAAAUCCAGCACUCAAAACGUUGUUACUGCUAAAUGCAAACGGUGUCUAUUAAUUUACAAUACUACAACUACAACAAAGUUUGUUAAGAUAUAUAUUUAUAUAUAUACCCUAUAUAGAUAUACAUAUAUAUACAUAUGUGUUGUACAGGAAGGAAAACAGAAACGAGACAUAAGUUCUCAUGGGUUGCUUUCCAUUUCUAUUACUAACGGCACUCUCUUUAAAUAUAGGAUUGUAUGUUUUUUUUUGUCAUUAUUAUUAGGUAUUAUAUACAUAGUAUAUAUAAAAAUAAAUAUAUGUAAUUACAAAUAGAUAUAUUUAGUCAUUGGCCCAGUUGAACGUUCCAGUUAAACCCCACACAAAAAAAAAAAAAAACAAAAAUGUAUUGAGAAUUAAUUACGAUGUGAAUUCUAUAAACUCUAUACUGAUAUUAUGCGAAGUAUGUAUGUAUAUGCUUAAAGGUAUAUAUAGGCAAAACCAUCACAAUUAUCAUUAAAAACGAUUUGUGGAUACAUAAUUAAUUUGUGCGCUUAGCCUCUAUGAGAUAUACUUUUCUAAUUUGUUGUACACAAUAUAAGUACAUAUACCUAUAAUAGUAGUACAUCAUUUACUAUGUAUACCUACCUGUAUGGCAUAUAUUAUUUAAUAAUCGAAUAGAUAACUACAACAAAUGCAUGACACGUUGUAAAUAAAGCGAAAUAUAUAUAUAUAUA